AUGUCAAUGAUGACAAGUACACCAACCAAGAGAAGUGUUAAACUUGAUGAUAUAUGGCCUGAAUUAGAGGAAGGAAUUUAUAAGAUUAUAACAGAUUUAAAUAAAGGUUUUCCAAAACAAAAAUGGAUAGCAUUAUAUACACAUGUUUAUGAUUAUUGUGCAGCAUCUCAAUCAAAAUCAAGUGCAAAAGUUGGAAUGCCAAAACAACAAGCAUCUGGUGCAAAUUAUGUUGGUGAAGAUUUAUAUAACCGAUUAAAUUUAUUUUUAAAAAAGCAUAUGUCACAAUUAUUAAAACUCACAGAAACAAAGAUGGAUGAACCAUUAUUAAAUUAUUACUAUACAGAAUGGGAUCGUUAUACAUCUGCAAUGAAAUAUAUUAAUAACAUUUUUCAAUAUAUGAAUAGAUAUUGGAUUAAAAGAGAAAUUGAUGAUGGUAAAAAAGAAGUUUAUGAAAUAUUUAUUUUAUCAUUAGUAAUUUGGAGAGAUUGUUUAUUUACACCAUUAAAACAACGUUUAACAAAUUCAUUAUUGGAUAUAAUUGAAAGUGAAAGAAAUGGUUAUCAAAUUAAUACACAUUUAAUUAAAGGUGUUAUAAAUGGUUAUGUUAGUUUAGGAUUAAAUAGAGAGAAACCAAAGGAAACAAUUUUACAAGUAUAUAAAUCUGGUUUUGAAGAAUUAUUUUUAACAGCAACUGAAAAUUAUUAUACAAAUGAAUCUGCUAAAUUCAUCUCUGAAAAUAGUGUAGCUGAUUAUAUGAAAAAAGUUGAAACUAGAUUAAAUGAAGAAGUUAAAAGAGUUCAACAAUAUUUACAUCAAAAUACAGAAUCUGAAUUAAUUGCAAAAUGUGAAAAAGUAUUAAUUGAAAAACAUGUUGAAGUAAUUUGGAAUGAAUUUCAAACAUUAUUAGAAAAAGAUAAAAUUCCAGAUUUAACACGUAUGUAUUCAUUAUUAUCAAGAAUACCAAGAGGUUUAGAACCAUUAAGAACUACAUUAGAAAAACAUGUUCAAAAUGUUGGUUUACAAGCAGUUUCAUCAAUUGCAACUAAUGGUGUAAUUGAACCAAAAGUUUAUAUUGAAACAUUAUUAAAAGUAUUUAAAAAAUAUAAUGAAUUAGUGACUGGAGCAUUUAGAAGUGAUACAGGAUUUGUAGCAUCAUUAGAUAAAGCAUGUAGAAGAUUUAUAAAUGAGAAUGCAGUUACAAUAGCAGCAAAAUCAUCAUCAAAGUCACCAGAGUUAUUGGCACGUUUUACAGAUUUCUUAUUAAAGAAAUCACCAAAUAAUCCAGAGGAGUCAGAGAUGGAACAAUUGUUGAAUGAUGUAAUGAUUGUAUUUAAAUAUAUAGAGGAUAAAGAUGUUUUUCAAGAUUUCUAUUCAAAGAUGUUGGCAAAACGUUUAAUUCAUGGUACUAGUACCAGUGAAGAUUUAGAGGGUACAAUGAUUGGAAAGUUAAAAUCAACUUGUGGUUAUGAGUACACUUCAAAGCUUCAAAGAAUGUUUACAGAUAUGUCAUUGUCAAGAGAGUUAUUGGAUCGUUUCAAUAAUCAUAUUGAACAAGUGGAGAGAUCAUCAUUGAAUAUUGAUUUCAGUGUAUUGGUGCUAGCAACCGGCUCAUGGCCAUUGCAACCACCGUCCACCAAUUUCUCAAUACCAAAGGAGCUUCAAGCCUGUGAGCAAUUGUUUCAAAAGUUUUACCAAAAUCAACAUUCUGGUCGUAAAUUGAAUUGGUUACAUCAUUUAUCAAAGGGUGAAUUGAAAACUAAAUAUUUACAAACUAGUAAGAGUGGUUAUACUUUACAAUGUUCAACCUAUCAAAUUGGUGUACUCUUACAAUUCAAUCAAUAUGAAACUCUCACCUCUGAAGAGAUUCAAGAGAGCACCCAAUUGAUUGAUUCCGUUCUUAAGGGUACUUUAACCUCUUUGGCAAAAUCAAAGAUUCUCUUGGCUGAUCCACCUCUCGAUGAUGAAGAGAUCGCUAAAACCACAAAAUUCUCUUUGAAUAAACAAUUUAAAAAUAAAAAAACAAAGAUUUUCAUCAAUGUUCCAGUGUUAACUCAAGUCAAAGAAGAAAUUGAUUCAAUCCAUAAAACUGUCGAAGAGGAUAGAAAACUUCAAAUUCAAGCUGCCAUCGUUAGAAUCAUGAAAAUGAGAAAACAAUUGGCUCAUUCUGGUUUAAUGACUGAAGUAAUCUCUCAACUUCAAACUCGUUUCAAUCCAAAAGUUAAUAUCAUUAAAAAAUGUAUUGAUAUUUUAAUUGAAAAAGAAUAUUUAAUGAGAGUUGAAGGUAAAAAAGAUCAUUAUUCUUAUGUUGCUUAA